CAUAGUCAAGCUUUACACCAUGAAUUCACUGAGCAUUCUGAUGGUCUUUGUGGCCUCCGUCGCCGCUGACAAAAUCCCAGACUUCGUGGUCCCCGGCAAGUGUGCUUCUGUUGACAGGAACAAGUUGUGGGCCGAACAGACACCCAACCGCAACAACUAUGCAGGUGUAUGGUAUCAGUUUGCUCUCACCAAUAAUCCGUAUCAACUGAUUGAAAAAUGUGUCCGCAACGAAUAUUCCUUUGAUGGAGAGCAGUUUGUGAUUACUUCGACUGGCAUUGCCUAUGAUGGUAAUCUGUUGAAGCGCAAUGGGAAACUGUAUCCCAAUCCCUUCGGUGAACCCCAUCUCUCCAUUGACUACGAGAACUCCUUCGCCGCCCCGUUGGUUAUCCUGGAGACAGACUACUCUAACUACGCCUGCCUAUACUCCUGCAUCGACUACAAUUUUGGAUAUCAUUCCGACUUUUCCUUCAUCUUUUCCCGCUCUGCCAACCUUGCUGACAAAUAUGUAAAGAAAUGUGAAGCUGCGUUCAAGAACAUCAAUGUUGACACGACUCGCUUCGUCAAGACCGUCCAGGGAUCCUCGUGUCCUUACGAUACUCAGAAGAAACUCUAGGUUGAUCACAUCACUAAAUAACAUUAUAAUGAUCAAGCAUGAGAAUGCUUCAUGUAAUCCUUGCGGAGACCACCAGCAACACAAAUUAAACUUAUUGUCUUUUAUACGAUAUUUUCUUGUAAAAAUACUAUUCUAUAUUUCAUCAAGCUGUAGUAAAUGUUGUACAGUUUAUAUUAAAUAUGUUCAUAAACAA